UGAACACUUUGUUUGAAUUUCUUUAGUUGACAGUUGUUUCCUUUAACUGUAGUUAAGUCUAUUUAUUAAAAAAUUAUUUAUAUUUUUUAAAGAAGUUGCCAGAUAACUACUUACAUUUUAAAUUACAAAGAUAUAGGCAAUUCUAUCAAAAGCUUUUAACCAUAUUAAUGUCAGGACCAAGUGAGGAUUAUUCUAUUUGUAUGUAAUGUUCAACUGAAGGAUUGUUGCUAAUAUCAAAAUCCUCAUAUACCUUUUAACCUUACGAUAUUUCCUAAGAAGAGUAGUAUUUCACGCAUUUGCAUUCUGCGAAUGGCAUAAAGGCGACACAGUCAAAUAAGUUUUUAUUAAGUAUAAAAGAAUGCGAUAAACAAUUCGAUGCCUUAUUUUUUAUUUUGAUGCCUUACCGAUGCAAAGGUAAAUUUAAGCAAUUGAAUUAAACUUUUCUGCAUGUACGCAUUCAGGGUCUUUCAGAUGUAUAAGAAAAUUUGAGUGAUAUUUUUAAUUAACUUUCGAACGAGUCAAUUCCCCAACCCAAGCCCGUAGGAGGGAAAUUAAAAUCAGCUUUGUUCUCAAACUAAAAUAUAUACGGAGCCUCAUACAUGACACGCUCAUCUAUUGUUUUAACAUGUUUGUAUUAAUCAUGUCGUUCAAACGAAAUGUGAAAGUAAAGUGUUUAUUCUUUAAACGAAAGUAAAUUUACAUAACGACCAAAUUGAAGAGUAUGUUAUGUCAAUACCUCAAUAUCAUUAUGAUAUGCAUAAAGGUAUUAUAAAAAAGGUCAUCAAAGUUUGUAUUGUAGAUUUUUUGUAUUUAAAUUUCUUGCUCAGUUGAAUGUAAACAUUUAUUAGACAAAGAUACCAUCAGUUUGCCUAAAACGGAGGUGCUUGACGCUAAGUGCUCUGAUGGAUCAUCAAUACUUAUGGUGAACUGGUGUGAUAAGAAUUUCGACUGCUUAGACUAUACAGAUGAAUUGUCAUGUUUGAACAAACUCCAAGAUCACAAUCUCUCAAAAAAUACAACUACGGAGACAAUGAUAAAAUCUGAUUUACCCCGCGGACACAAUUCUUGGGCGUAUUUUCGCUGUGAACAUAGCAAAGAGUGGAUAUCUGUGUUAGCUAAAUGUGAUGAUGUCAUUGAUUGUCUUGAUGCUUCGGACGAAGUCAUAUGUUUACAUGGCAAUAUUGAAUGUGACGAAGACGAGUUUUCUUGUGACAACGGAAAUUGUAUUACACUGAGUCGAGUUUGCGACUUUAAACCGGACUGUAUGGACGGCAAAGAUGAAUUGUGUGAAUACCCAACAUGUGAUGAUGAAACUGAGUUUCGUUGUGAAAAUAGACAAUGUAUCCCAGCAGUCAAUCAAUGUAACGCUGAAUACGACUGUUUCGACAAUAGCGAUGAAACAGAUUGUGGCUUCUGUGAGAAAUCGUUUCUUUGUGCUGCUGAUUACAAAUGCAUUCCACAUCGACUGACGUGCGAUCGAUAUCCUGACUGUAAGGAUGGCGGUGAUGAAAGAUUUUGCAUAGGUAAUCCUCCAACUUCUGAUGACUUCAGCAAUGAAUACUUUUCGUCAAGGAUCAUUAUUGCAGUGAUUAUCUUAUAUCAGGUACAGGCAGAUUGCAAGUUCGCUCUUCGGGAAGCGGCAAUUGUUGACAAUUACCACAAUGACUUCGCAUAUCCGUCCUGUGACUGCACGAUAGGAACGUUCAAAGUACAUAAAUAUCUCUUUACUAUGCUUAAUGAUACUUUAUUUGAUAUGGUCUCGAUAACCAGAUGCGAUGGAAGAGAAAUCACAAAUGAGAACGAUACUGUAAGAAGAAUUGUCAGUGAAAGGGAUAGGUUGGAACAUUUAUUUAAAGGAUGGCCAGAUUUCCUAGACAUACAAUUUGGACUUCCUUAUUGCACCUACGAUUACAAUGCAAGCGUAUUUGGUGAGCUUUUCCAUUGUGAAAGAGACGAUAAAAUAAUACAAGAGUCGAUGAUUUGUAUUUAUGCCCUAGAUGCCAGCGGUUACAUGACUGGAUGUAGGUCUGGAGACCAUUUACAAAAUUGUGAAAAAUUCAUUUGUCCUGAAAAUACAGUGAAAUGUCCUGGAAGUUACUGUAUUGAGCAGAGAUUUCUAUGUGAUGGACAUAUAGAAUGCCCUGGAGGAGAAGACGAACAAGAUUGUACGUGUACAAACUCGGAAAAAGAAGUAAUCUUAUUUCUAGAAGAUUCGGACUCAGAGAUUGAAGAAACAGCAAUUCAUUUAGCUAAACAAUUCUUUACAAGCACCGAAAAAAGUAUCGUAAGAUUGUUUUACUUUAAGAGACUGCAUAGUUCAAUUGAGACUGACAUUACAGAUAUAUUGUUGGAAAUCAGAGAAGAGCGUGUAAAUUCAAUUUGUGAAACUGAAUGCAAGAAUAGAACAUUGCCAACAGAUUUGAUAAAAAGUCUACAAUUUUCUAAAUCAGAAAAAAGAGCUAUUAUUAUGCUUGAGAAUAGUGAUGAAUCGUCCAUUGUUGAUAAGUUAGCAUUGUCAAAUCUCACAGAACCAGAUUUUACAAUAUAUCGAGUGAUAAAAGAUUUCAGUUUGUCACUUUAUAAAACUGAUAGAUACAAAUUUGUGAAAGAUAUACACAUAAGUACAUGGACUUCGCUGUUUUUGACUGGAUUUAGGCGUUUUCCAGAAAUAUGUACAGAGGCUUCAAACGUUUCAUGUCCUGGAAUGUACAGAUGUUCUUCAAGUAAGCAAUGUAUACCACUUAAACAACUGUGUGAUAAAGUCAUUCACUGCAGUAAUGGUGAUGAUGAACUCCUGUGUGAUUCUGUGUGUCCUCUGAAAUGUAAUUGUACUGGUGAUUUUAUCAACUGUAGAGCUGCCAACAUAUCUAUAUCUGAUAUCUCAUCACUGACAAUACAGGCAAGGAGUGCUGAUCUAAGUAAAAAUCAAGAAAUAAAAGAAAUAUACAAAGACAAUUUACGUUUUCCUUUCAUGUUACGACUUAAUAUUUCGUCGUGUGACAUUCACCAUAUUGAUAAACAAGCUUUCUAUGAAAUGCAAAAUCUCUUAUCACUGGAUCUAAGUAGUAACAGAAUACGAGAGUUAUCGGAUAAGGUAUUUAGUAGGCUUGGUCGUUUAACCUACUUGAAUCUAGAAAGCAACUUUGAAUUGGAAAAGAUUUCAUCUACAGCGUUUAAAGAUUUAAAAGCAUUAAGAAACAUAAGAAUUUCAGGCACAAACCUGAAAAAAAUAAGCUCAUUUACAUUCUCUGGCCUACAGUUGGAAAGUUUAGAUAUUUCUAACAACAAAAUUGAAGAAAUUGAAGAUAAUGCCUUCAGCAAGUCGAGUGUUCAUAAAAUUAAUUUUGAAGGAAAUAAUGUGAUAAGAUUUGGAGAAUUUAUGUUAAAAGACGUAACAUCACUUCAAGAGCUUUAUACACCUGCAUUUAAGUUUUGUUGUAUAGUCCGCCCACCUUCCUUUCCUGAAGAAAAUUGCAAACCAUUAAGGGAUGAAUUUUCUUCAUGCGAUGAUCUGAUGAGAAACUCUGUACUGCAAGCAUUUCUGUGGAUAGUUGGGGUAGCCUCAUUGUGUGGAAACCUCUCGUCAAUCAUUUACCGCCUUGUCUUCGAUCGAAAAAGGCUAAAAAUAGGUUAUGGCAUAUUUGUAACUAACCUUGCAGCAGCAGAUUUCCUGAUGGGAGUGUACCUUAUCAUAAUAGCAAUUGCUGACUCACUCUACAGAAACAGAUACAUUGCUAUGGAUGAUCAAUGGAGAAACAGUAAUUGGUGUAUUACUGCCGGCGUUUUAUCUACAGUGUCAUCUGAAGCCAGCGUUUUAUUUCUUUGCCUGAUCACAUUAGAUAGACUUUUGGUGAUCAAGUUUCCAUUUGGAACAGUUAGGUUUGGUCCUUUGAAGGCGUACAUUUGCUGCGGAAUAUGCUGGUUUAUUUCGAUUAUCCUAUCGAUCAUUCCCAUUAUUUACACAAGUCACUUCCAUGACAAAUUUUACUCCAAAACAGGGGUAUGUAUUGCAUUGCCUUUAACACGCGACAGACCUCCAGGAUGGAUAUAUUCUAUGUCAAUUUUCGUUGGUUUGAAUUUCUGCACUUUUAUUCUGGUUGCUAUAGGACAAAUCUCCAUAUUCACAGAACUUCGGCGAGCAGGGUCAGUUAUGAAGAAAACACAGCAAUCCAGAAAACGUGAUUUGAAAGUGGCUAGAAAUCUUAUCCUCGUUGCAACAACCGAUUUUCUGUGUUGGUUUCCAAUUGGAGUGAUGGGUAUUUUGUCCUUAAAUGGAUUUCAGAUUUCCAGUGAUGUUUAUGCAUGGACUGUCGUUUUCAUAUUACCAAUUAACUCUGCCUGUAAUCCGCUUUUGUAUACAGUGACUGCAAUAAUUGGAAAGAAGAGUUUCAAUCCUAGUAUUGAUGAGCAAAGUAGAACCAUGGUUCAGAAAGAAAUCGGAAACGCCAUUCUAGAAUAUCAGAAAUUCGGCAAAUCCAUUUGCAUGAAACAUGAACAUGUACCAGCCGGAACAAUGAGAAGUAUCCAAGAAAUCAUGAAUGACGAGACAUGUUUGUCAGCCAGUACUGUUGCAGCAGUGUCCAAACAACUUGCCGAGUACCUUCGACUAUUACAUGAGUCUUUUAUUGCUAUAGAUCAGAUAUGUGAGGACUAAUAUUUACAUUGAAGUAAAUAAGACAAA